ACAUCCAGCGUGUCGGUGUAGUGUGUGGUGAAGUGGCGCUGUGAGAUGAUGACUACAGCGCCGUGAUCUCACCCCUGUUUGCUCAACGCAACGCGUACGUCCGGUGGCCGGAGUGUACCGUCUGCCCACCUCCAGUGUGUGGUUGGAUGGAGGUGUGCAAAGAACGGCAAUGAAGACGGCAUCGCAAUAAUGGAUCGUUCAAUGCUGUGCGUACCUUUCUACCUCAUCGAGCGCGAUCCGUCGAACUAACCUCAAAAAGGCUGUCCCAACAUGGUGUACCGUACUGGCACGGCGGAUGGUAGUGGCUGGUAGUGUUCAUUGGUGGUUUCUGUUUGUUUUUUCGCAACUUUGUGGUAAAAUUCGUAACAUGUGAAGUAACUUGGCCUAGUGGUAAACAACAACUAGCGCGCUAAUACGAGGAAGUGGAUAUGAGUGCUGAUUGCAACAGUGACAUGUGUUUUAUUAUUGGCUUAAGCAUCCGCAAGGGCGUGUUAUCAUCAUCGCCGACACCUCGAUGUGUCGGUGCGGGCUAGUGGUACAUCCAGUGGUACAAUUACACGCUCGCACCAAUCCCACACAGAGUACAAUAAUAGUGCAACUGUCAAGCGACGUGUAAUAUGGUUUAUUGCCUAGCAGUGUAUCAAGCAAGUGUUGGUGGAGAGUUUUAAGGGUGGACAACUGUACCACCCAUACGAUCAACUUGCUGCAACAGAGAGUCAUGCUUCCGGUCAACGGUUUGCUACACACACACUGAUCACAUCCGCUGCCGUCCGUAAACUUGACCAUCAGACAUCGUUAAAUGGAUACGAUGAACACAACAGAAGAUCGUCUUCCGAAGCUAGAGUUCACCCUCUCGGUGGACGAAGAAAAUGCUCUGACACUGUACGAGGAGCUCGAGCAGACGGACAUCAAUCCGACCAAUCUCAACGUAAACUGUUGCUGUGGGCUGCUGCGUACCUCGCCCUUCCACCAGCCAAAGUCUUCCUCGAGCCCCACCGGUCGCCUUCAGGUGGAUCCGCUACGACACGAAGACGGUGCACAAAACGGACAUCAUGGCCACCAUCAUCACCAUACGGAGGAUACGGGCCAUGACUUCCACAUUUCCACCGGUUCCUGCGAGGAGUACGAUUGUGACAACACAGUCUCCGAUAGGUGGCGCCAAAACGUGACACGUCGCAACGAACGGUACCGGACGUUUGGGUUGCUAGAGUCCAGUAUUCUAAAUAGCUUCCAGCUGCAAAAUUUUCGCCGCAAAACGCCCAGUGUUUUCGAUUCUUCGAGCUCAUCCGGACAGACGAGCUGCAGUUCGACUGCUUCGAGCAUGAUUGAUGACAUCUCGGACAAGAUCGACGAAAUUGGAAAGCUCGACAACAACAUCCAUUCGCUCAUGUACAAAUCGGUUGAGCUGCAUAAUGACAUACUGUCUUUGGAAGCCACCACGAACCGCUUAAUAGCCGAUGCGAAGAAACUCUCAGACGACCUGGACGAUGUACGAUUCCUGGACGAGCUGAUUGCCAUCCUCAACGGAGAUAUAGGUCCUGUGAUACACCGCGAAUGGCCCUACAAAAUCGACACGGACGCCCCAAUAGAGGAAGGCACGCCAGUCACCUAACCCACGGACCCACGGACCCAAUCUCAGUUGCCCUGGUUGUGCUGGAAGCCAUCGCGUCCGGUCAUCGGUACGCCCCAUGAGCCGGUCCUAUUACGCCUUAUUACACCGACGGAUCCUCGUGACCGGUGGUAGCUUUGUGAUGCCGCCGUGGCGAUGGUAAAAGAAAUGCAAACAGCCAACCAAGACUUCAGGCAGAUUUUCAAAUCGAUAGCAUAAGACACACACACACACACAUUUCCUUCUAGCGUGUAUCGACAAGAAACCAAUGUCCGCCCUUGGAUGGAACGCUUAAGCGUCGGCCAAAUGUCCUCGUCCUCGUCCACGACGGUAAUUGGCUUACUGGCGCGGAGGGAACGAGUCGUCGUCCACGGUCAGUUACAGCGCGUCGCGAGCUGUCCAAUAUUCAAUUUAAUGCUUCCGGGAAUGCAGCGCUUUGGUGUGCCCUCGGUGCCGCGUCUUGGCCAGUUCGGCAACUUCUUAGCCAGCAUAAUUGUAGUAGCCUUUGUGAGUGUAAUUUCUAAAAUAGAUCAAAUAGAGCUAACCACGUCCACUCGGUGAGGUCGAUCGUAUCGCAUCCUGUGCUUGUGACGCGUGUUUCGAACCACGCUAACGAGCGUCAUUUACAGUAGAUUAGAAAAUUAUACCUAAGUCAAACUGUUCUGAAUACGUAGCUUGUACAAUAAAUGGCCCAAUUGUGAUACAUAUGAAACGCGCGUACUUUUA